GCCGGCGGCGCACACAUCAUCGUCGCGCGCGCCUCCCAAGAACCUCUCGGCUACGGCACAAUCGGCAUGGUAAAGGACAAAGUCAUCGCCGCCAACUCCGCCAGCAACGCCGAAUAUGUCGUCUAUCCCGCCACUCUGGCCGGCUAUCCCACCUCCGAGUCCGAGGGUGUCACAGGCAUGAAGGAACUGGUCGAAGCAUACCUCGCAAAGGACUGUCCUGGCAAUGCUCCGAUCGUGUUGAUGGGCUACUCUCAAGGCGCUCAGGUCGUUUCCGACUACAUUUCCGGCCAGAAUGUGAAGGGUUUCGCUUACAAUGCUACUCUCACUGAGCCUGCGUCGGAUGAUGUUCUCUCUCGCAUUGCGGCGGUGAUCACUAUGGGAGAUCCGUCCAUCAACAUCACUUCCAACGCCGCACACGUUGGCAACUCAACGAAACCCGGUCUCUUCGAGCGUGCUGCCAAUUCCUCAAUGGUUCUGGCCGACAUCGCGGAUAAGUCCCAAGCGUACUGCGAUGCGCUGGACCCGUACUGUGCGAGUGCACCAAAUUUCAGUACUAUUUCCGUGCAUUUGGGGUAUGUGAACGAGUAUGGAAUGGAUGCGGUGAAG